UGACUCGGACUCCCAAGCGUCUGCUGUCCUCAAUUUCAAGUCAAUGUCUGACAGUCGUUCAGUCCUUUGGGCCUGUAACGAGUUUUGACUAAGAUUCUGUGAGAAAGAGCAAAGUUUUUUGGUCCCUGUUUCAGUACGUUUUCAGCAUCAGUGGGACUGAAUGAGAGACCCGACUGUUACUGCACACUGAGUGUGGAACCUAAAACAGUUAUCCAGCCUGGAAAGAGGAAUUCACGGUGGGGAGGGACUGUACACGUGUUUGUGUACCGCUGAAGCUUCAGCCAUGGAGAAACCCGAGGAAUCCCUCCCCGUGGAGAAAUCUUGGAAGUGUGGCGACUGUGGGAAAGGCUUCCAUGUCCUGUCUGUCCUGGAUGCUCAUCGGCGCAGUCACACUGGGGUCAGGCCAUUCUCCUGCCCUGAGUGUGGGAAGGGAUUCAGCAGUUCCUACACCCUGCUGAGGCACAGACGGGUCCACACAGGGGAGAGGCCCUUCAGCUGCCCAGAGUGCGGGAAGGAGUUCAGCAGUUCCUCCGCCUUGCUGACCCACCGGCGGGUCCACACGGGGGAGAAGCCCUUCAGCUGCCCCAAGUGUGGGAAGGCCUUCACCCAGGCCUUUUCCCUGCUGAGGCACCAGAGUGUCCACACCGGGGAGAGACCAUUCGCCUGCCCAGAGUGCGGGAAGGGGUUCAGCGAUUCCUCUGCCCUGCUGACCCACCGGCGGGUCCACACAGGGGAGAGGCCUUUCAGCUGCCCUGAGUGUGGGAAGGCCUUCACACAUGCCUCCAACCUGCUGACCCACCGGUGGGUCCAUACCAGGGAGAGGCCCUUCAGUUGCCCCGAGUGUGGGAAGGCCUUCAGCAAUUUCUCCCACGUGGUGAUCCACCGGCGGGUCCACUCCGGGGAGAGGCCAUUCACUUGUCCUGAGUGCGGAAAGGCCUUCAGCAAUUCCUCUGACUUACUGAAGCACCAGCGGGUUCACACCGGCGAGCGGCCCUUCAGCUGCCCUGUGUGUGGGAAGGCCUUCACCCAGUCCUGCAACUUGCAGAGGCACCAGCGGGGGCACCAGCGCUCCCAACAAUCGGAUUCUGCCGGUGAGGCUGCUGUGGGUCACCCCCAGGACUGAACCUCCUGCCCAGUCUGACAGUGGGAGAGUUGGUGGGCUUGUUUUGUUUUCUGCUGGACAGCACCCACUCCCACGGUGGCUCAGUGGUGAGUAGCAUUGCCUCCCAGUGCCAGGGACCUGGCUUUGAUUCCACUAUUGGGGCAACUAUCUGUGUGGCGUUUGUACAUUCUCCUCUUGUGCCUGUGUGGGUUUUCUCUGGGUGUUCCGGUUUCCUCCCACAGUCCAAAGGUGUGCAGGUAGGGUGGAUUGGCGAAGCUAAAUUGUCCCAGUGUUCAGGGAUGUGUCGGUGUGGUGUAUUAGUCAGGGGAAAUGUCGAGUAAUAGG